UCAACCCACAUGCACCCAAUCUUCCUUGUCUCCAAUAGCAUUGGCAUCGCGAAGCAAGACGACAAAAACAUCAGCUUUUGUGGAGGCCAACAGUGACCGCAGAGCCAACUCUUCAUCAUUGUCGUCCUUGUCGGAGCCCAAAGAAGUAACCCGAAGCAAGCUCGGGGCAGCAGUGCAUCAUUGGCAGGAGGGGGCAUUUCGGCGGAGACAUCAGAUGCAACCGGCGGCAACGACAAGAACCCGAGUCCCUCGACCAACACAGCAGAGUCGUGGAACAGUCCGUCGGAAGAGCCAGAACCGGUUGGAGGAGCAGCCGCCGUCACAUACCGAUGUCGGUGGCGAGGACGAGCCGACCGCGGAGUUGGCGCGUGAACUUCAUCCGGCCGCAGCAGCAUCAUGGAACCAAGCCCCUCAAUCGAUAGGCCCGGGGCACAAGUCUGCACUGUGGGAAGGCAGUGGAGGAGCAACGGGAUCCCCCGAUGCAGGCUUGCGGAUGCGACGCGGAGAGCAAGGACAGCUGCAGCAAGAACGGCGGGCGCCGGUGUCGAUGCUGGGAUGGUCGAGGUUGUGGUUGCAGUCUCCAGCGUGCCGCCUGCGGGACAGCCGAAGGCGGCUGCAGCAUGCCGGCCACGACACGGGGCGACGGCGCACAGUACCGAGCACCUCUCUGCCAGCUCUCUAUGCAGCGAGCGCAGGGGGCGGGGCAUGGAAAUCCGGCCGGCGUCUGCCGCGCGCCAAAGGCGAGGAUGCGAGAGCCAAGCCUGCGCCGGACUGCAGGAGGGACGGCGGGAGGAGACAGCGAGGACUCCGGAUCUGGGCUCAGAAGGUGCAGAGGAGGCCGGAGACGGGAGAUCAGGGUGGCGGCGCCGCGCGCGCACCCGUCGCCACCAUGGUCCCGUAUUUCCUCAUCUUGUGGUAGCGGCUAGGCCGGAUGGGCAACAGCAGGAGCUGCAGAAUUUUACAAGGGAUCAGGGUUAAAAGAGGUGAAGUCCGCUACACAUUCAUUUCUUUUGUUCAGUGCCACUUUUGAGUUCAUAGAUCACUAGUCCUUUCUCCAAUCAAGAUUUGUUCAGUCAGGUACUGAAUUACCACAAAUCGAACCAACAAUUUCCAGAUUAUAGUAAAGAAGUAGUAGCACUAGUACUAGCAGAACAUGGAUUAGCAACACCAAAUCUGGCCUCGGUCUACAGCAAACACAUGCAUGCGAGCUCUGAAUCGGGAAACAAAGAGGUAAAAUGAAAGCAGCUCAUGUAACAGUGCACAGACAGAAGUUGCUCACAU